AUGUUUCCCCAACCCGUUCUGUUCGAUCAUCCCGAUGGCGUCGCGCACCGCAAAGACCUGUACCUUUUUGAGUGUGAACCUUGUCUGACUUGGUCUUCCUUGAUUUUCCUUCCUGAUAGCCCCCCCGCCUACAAUGACAACACUCCCGUGCAACACGAGGUGAUCCUGAACGAAAAGGAUGACAUGGACUUCGACAAGGAGAACAAUGCCGUGACCCCCGACGGUGGAGAGCCCACCGACAACGAGAAGCGCUCUCUGCGUCAUAUCGCCGAGAACCUGCCCAUCUCGGCGUGGCUGGUGGCUAUUGUCGAACUUUGCGAGCGUUUCACCUACUACGGAAUGUCUGGUCUGUUCCAGAACUAUGUCUUCCGACCCUUUCGCAAUCCCGAUGGCACCCCCCGGCGGAUCCUGGUGCUCUUGUUCUGGUGCUACAGUAUGUUACCUCCCCUCCCCGAAUCUCAUUGGGAGAUUCUUCUUGAUCUCUCCCCUCGCGAGAGAAAGAGCCCGGUGCUAAUUGGAAUGUGCGAGACAGUCACCCCCAUCCUCGGUGCCAUUGUCGCCGAUCAGUACCUCGGCAAGUACAAGACCAUUGUGCUCUUCUGCGGCGUCUACCUAAUUGGUCUUUUGAUCUUGGUCUUGACUUCCUUGCCUAUUGCACUCGAGCACGGUGCUGGUCUGCCCGGGUUCAUCGUGUCCAUCCUGAUUGUCGGUCUGGGUACCGGUGGUAUCAAGAGUAACGUUGCUCCCCUGAUUGCCGAUCAGUACAAGCGCAAGAAGAUGGCUCUCAAGACCAUCGAGAAGACCGGGGAGCGAGUCGUGAUCGACCCGGCCUUGACCAUCCAGCGCAUCUACAUGAUCUUCUAUGGCUGUAUCAACUUGGGUUCCCUGUCCUUGCUGGCCACGCCCUAUAUGGAGAAGUACACCGGCUUCUGGAGUGCCUACUUGCUGUGCUUGUGCAUGUUCGCCAUGGGUACCGCGGUGCUCCUGUUGGGCCGUAAAUUCUACGUCGUGCGCCCCCCUCAGGGUUCCAUCAUUACCGAUGCCUUCAAGGCUCUGUGGAUCAUGAUCAAGAACCGCAACAUGGAUGCCCCCAAGCCCAGCUGGCAGGCCGAGCAUCAUGCUGGUGCUCAGGUGUCUCUGCCCUGGGAUGACCACUUCAUUGACGAGCUCAAGCGUGCUCUGGUUGCUUGCCGCGUCUUCGCCUUCUACCCCAUUUACUGGGUCGUCUACGGCCAGUUCUCCGGUAACUUUGUCACCCAGGCCGCUCAGAUGAACGGUCACGGGAUUCCCAAUGAUUUGAUGCAGAACUUCGACCCCAUUUCGAUUAUCGUCUUCAUUCCUAUCCUCGAGACCGCCAUCUACCCCGUCAUGCGCCGCCUCAAGAUUCCUUUCCGCCCCAUCACCCGUAUCGCCCUUGGUUUCGGUGUCGCUGCCUUGGCCAUGAUGUAUGCCGCCAUUGUGCAGCACCUCAUCUACUCUGCCGGUCCCUGCUACGGCAAGCCCCUGUGCGAUGCUGGCCCGCAAGGUAACGAUGUGCACAUUGCCAUCCAGACCCCAGCCUACGUGUUCAUUGGUAUUUCGGAAAUUUUCGCCUCCGUCUCCGGGUUGGAGUACGCGUACACCAAGGCACCUCCCUCCAUGAAGUCCUUCGUGCAGUCCAUGUACCUGCUCACCAAUGCCUUUGGUUCCGCCAUCGCCGAGGCCUUGACUCCCGCUGCCUUCGAUCCCGCCAUCAUGUGGAUGUUCGUUGGUCUUGCCUGUGCCUCCUUCCUGUGCGGUAUCCUCUUCUUCCUGACCUUCCGUCACCUCAACUACCAGGAAGAUGAUAUGAACGCUUUGGAUGCCGACGACCCUCUUCCCGAUGAGGACCACCCUCGUCGCGGCAACGAGCCUCACGAUCACUGA